AUGGCUGCUGCUUCUUCGCCAUCAUCACUCGAACAAAAUAAAUCUGGAAUCGUACAAGUACAAACCAUUAGUGAAACGAACGAAGAUGACGAAAAACGACGAAAACAACUAAAAUACCGUGCUAUGUUCGACUAUUCUUUAUCCACAUCAUCUUGUCCAUCAGAGUCGAAUUGGUCCUCGAAUGAACAACUAAACAAAAGGAAAAAACUUAUAAAACAUCCAAUGUACAUCGAUUUGAACAGCAGUCAGCCUAUGACUUAUAAUCAUAUUCAUUUUACGAACCAAGCUUCAUUUUUAUCGAUGCCUUCAACGAAACGUGCUCGUGUCAAUGUAGAUGAUUCCUCCUCCUCAUCGUCAUCAUCAUCAUCAUCAUCAUCAUCGUUGUCGUCAUCCUCGUCGUCCUCGUCAGUAUCAACAAUUGCUGCGUCAUCAAAUAAUUCAUCACGAGAAUUUAUGAUUAUUUUAACAAAUAAUCAAGAGGUGCUACGAAUAAUUGCACGCUACUAUCAGAAUGAUCAAAUCCGUCAACGAAGUGUUACCAUUGGGAAUGAUACAGUCACCUAUAGUACUGAUCGUGAACAAUUGUUGACUGCACUCUUAGAAACAGAAUUGCGAGAAACCAUUCGAGAUUAUCUAUCUCGAACUCGUCGAUCGUUUCCUAUUCAUUACGUAUUCAACAUGACCAAUAACGAACAAUCACGUCGACGACCAUAG